AUGUGGAAGGCCAUCUUUGGCAAAAGGGUUGACUCCAUCAAGGCGAUUGAUAGUGUGUAUUACUUGUCGGACAGCGACUUUCGCUGGCUCCAGGGAUUUCCUCGGCUCAAAGAGUCGGACCGCGUUCAGACGCUGGCAAAUUCAGAAGGCGAGGGUUCAAAGGAUGGCUAUACUGAAGAGCCAGUGGGCCCUGUGUCGCACAGAGAUGUUCUCCUAUACACAGUUGGUAUCAUCAAAGGUGCCACGCAUUCUCUACUGGGGGAAAGCAGCCUCACCGUGACAGGAACACAUACGAAAGAGGGCGAAACCAUUUUCACUCUUGAUUUUAAGUAG